AAUAAUAAUAAAACCUACACGUACACCUGGCACGUUGUUACUCAUGUCAAAUAAGUUAGAAAAAAAUAAAUUCAAAGAUGGCUUGUUUUGGGAUGUCAACUGAUAAAAACAGAGCAAAAUGCGCUCAAAAUUAACAGCUAUUUAUAAAGGGUUUGCAAGAUUAUCGGAAAACAGAAAAUUAGCAACAAAACCAAAUUCUUCAAAGGAUGGAUAUUGCCAACCUCACAUGAACGAGUUGCCCGUGCCCUGUGGACCAUGGGAUCCUUGGUACCGAAAAAAACAAAGCUUUUAUAUGAAACAUUUCGCGUUCGGCUUAGCCUGGUGGUUGUUUUCAUUUUUUAUGGCAAUUUACACGGACAGCAUAUACCUCAAUUGGUCACCGCCCAGGUUCCCCGCCCCUCCCAGCGACAUGGUUGAGGAAUGUGAUGACUCUGACACCUGAUGUACAUAUCCAUAUCGACCAUCAUUUUGUACUGUUUUUGAUACUGAAAUAUGGUUAGAAGCCAGCGUCGAUGCCAUUAUUACGAUCGUUCCUUUUGCGCUAUCGUCGAAACAGAUCAAGCAUGUACCACUCAAUUUUACUGUAACCUCAACCAAUAAGAAUGAUUGUGACAACCAUCAGUAAUGCAAUUUGGAAGCUAUAACAUUUAUAAUAAGCGAUUUUCAAACCAAAAUUGCUGCCUCCAUUAAAGCUCCCUUUAGCUCAAUCCACUUAAAUUCAAUACCGUUAUAAUAGGUAUUCCUAUGUACUAAGCUUGAUACACUACUUAUAAAAUUUUGAAGAACUAGGGACUAUAACUAGCUAGGCAUAAGUUGCUUUGUUAGACUGUAAUCUGCCAGGGGUAGUGGAAUGACAACUUUUCCGACGUAAUGAUCACGUUGAACUGAGCUAGGUGCAAUGCAAAUGUCAGCAUAGCCAAGUGGAAUUCCGUUCUAUGUGUGCCUAUCUAGUUACUUACUUAUUAUUUAUUGAAGUUUUAAGGGAGCGCCAUUUUUCCGCACCCAAAACGCGCCGACGAAAAAUCCCGUACGAACGAAAACGAAAAAACUAUUUUUUCGCUUGUUUCUCGGAAUUCUGCUACGUUUGUCCCUAGGUAACCUUAGGGCUUGGGAUAGCAAACGGUAGGUACCUACCUGUAAGUAGAUAUGUACUCGUAUUUGCUUUAAAAAUAGGAAGAUUAAAUAACACAAGGAGAUCCUGAUAGUCCAUAAAGAGAGUCCAUACGUUUUUGGUAGGUAUCUCUAUUUGAACAAAAUACUUUAGGUACUUUGGUGCACGUGUCAUGCAGUUAUUUAUAAAUCCAGAUUUUAUUGGAAGUAAGUAGAUAAUAUUAAUUAUUAACUAGGUAUUAUUGAUGAAUUGACCAAGGUAUCGGCAUUUUAGAGCGCACAGUGAAUUCUAUAAGUAGGUAGGUACCUACCUCUAGUAUAAAUGAAUUAUUGUAU